AGCUCGUUAAUGUUAAGCCAUGGCUCGUCUUAUCUCAAUUUCUCAACCUUUCUUCUCUUCAAACACUAAACCUCAACCACCACCAAUCGCCGCCGCACAAAUCUCCGACCACCCACCGCGCAUUAUCAUCUCUCGUAGAGACACCAUUCUCCUCUCCUCCGCCGCUUCUCUUCUCCUCACUCUCUCCCCCACCGAUCCCGCUUUUGCCUUCUCCUUAGGAAUCUCAGGACCUAAAGAGUGGCUUAAAGAACAGAAGAAGAAGUCUUCGAGAUUCUUACUCGCUCCCAUUGAUGCAUCUCGUGAAGCUCUCCGAUCUGCUUAUCUUUCGUUAACUAAUGAAUCUGAUUAUACGGAGAAAGAUUUGGAGAAUCUUCAGAAUUUGUUUAAGUCUUCUGCUAGAGAUUGUGUUCCUAAAGAGAGAAGUUCUCUUGUUGAUUUUCAGUCUAAAUCUGGAGUUGAGGUUUGCACAUUUAAGCUUGUUGUGAAGAAUGCUGCUUCAUUACUUGAUGAUAAGGAUCCAGUCAAAUUAGAAGCAGAGAAUAUACUUGAUGAUCUGGUUAGGUCUUUCAGUUCUUUGAUCGUGUUGACGAAUGGGGUUGAUAUGAAUCUUCCUUCUGAUAGAAAAAAAGGUUGCAGAUGCGGUUACGGAGGCUAUCUCUUAUCUUGACAAAUUUGAGAAGGGUGUUAAGGACUGCCUUGAGAUCUGAGAUGAAGUCUAGUUUUCUCUUCUUCUCUUCUUGUGAACUCGUUAUCGUUGUUUAGGGGUACCAACGAGUGUUACAAGUGUCUAAGUGAGACGAUAUCUCGUUCCAUAUAAAUAUAAUCAUAUGCUUGAU